AUGGGAAACAGUGACUCCACUAUUGAAGAUCUGAAAACUUGUGAGAGUCAUCAGUGGUAUAGAAAAUUCAUGACUGAGUGCCCAUCUGGACUUCUUUCAUUCUACGAGUUCAAGAAGUUUUUUGGCUUGAAGAACCUGUCGGAGACUUCGGAUGCCUACGUGAAGGCUAUGUUUACAACCUUUGAUCUGAAUGACGACGGGUUCAUUGAUUUCAUGGAGUAUGUAGCUGCUCUCAGCCUGGUUCUUCAGGGAGCAGUGCAUCAAAAACUUCGUUGGUAUUUCAAACUCUAUGAUAUAGAUGGGAGUGGCUGCAUUGACCGCGAUGAGCUGCUUUUGAUCUUCAAGUCUAUUGACGCAAUCAACGGAGUUCAUGAUGACAUAAAAACACAGGAGUUUACCAACAUGGUAUUUGACAAGAUUGACAUUAAUGGAGAUGGUGAACUGUCCUAUGAAGAGUUCAUAGAUGGGGUUCAAGAUGACGAGAUGCUGCUGAAGAUGCUUACCCAAAGCUUGGACAUCUCACACAUUGUUGAGAAAAUACAAGGAGAGAUCAUGGCUAACACCUAGAUUCUUAACAUCAUUGACCAUGAACAUAUACCGUAUGGAUGUAGAGGUCACAAAUGAUGUAAGCAAGGCUAAUCACUUGGAUUGGAUUGGUUAUUUCCUACAAAUGUGCCAGUAAUGGAAGACUUGUUAAUCCUGAAUAUUAUGGUAUGACUUUCUGAGAAAUAAGAGAAAGUGCUUUUCAGGAGUUGUUCAGGAAUGUGAUGAUGAGAGGUCCACUUACAGUAUUUGCUCAGAUUUUUUUUUAAUGCUUUUAAUGUUGUACAACUUUUCUAGGAUCUCAUUACAUUGUGCAUACACAUUAAAUGCCAUGCCCAGUAAGUACUGUACUUGUCUUAAAUCUUAUCUUGGUUGUUACACGUCUUGAACUUUUGAACAAUUGUUGUGGU